AUGGGACCCCCACCCGGGCCCAGGACCCCAAAAGUAACAGCAGUCGCAACGUCCCCCGCAGGCACACGUUAGGUGGGGCACGCAGCUCCCGAGAGAUCCUGGCCAUGCAGCCCUCGGACAUGGACAAGAAGAGGGAGGCCUUCCUGGAGCACCUGAAGCAGAAGUACCCUCACCACGCCUCGGCCAUCAUGGGCCACCAGGAGAGGCUCCGGGAACAGAGCAGAAGCCCUAAACACGGCCUUAGCAGCUCCAGUGUAGGGGACCAGGCUGAGCACCUCUCCCUGGCCUCCCUGGAGUCUCUGGACACCAUGUCAGAGGCUGAUGCCCCCACCACCUUCACCAGAGGCAGCCGCUCCCGCGCCAGCCUGCCCGUAGUGCGCUCCACCAACCAGACCAGGGACCGCUCACUAGGUGUGCUGUACCUGCAGUACGGAGAGGAGACCAAGCAGAUCCGGAUGCCCAAUGAGAUCACCAGCGGCGACACCAUCAGGGCUCUGUUUGUGAGUGCCUUCCCCCAGCAGCUCACCAUGAAGAUGCUGGAGUCUCCCAGUGUGGCCGUCUAUGUCAAAGAUGACAUGAGGAACAUGUACUACGAGCUUACUGACGUCAGGAAUAUCACGGAUCACUCCUGCCUGAAGGUAUACCACAAGGACCCCGCACAAGCCUUCAGCCACGGCCCAAGACCCACCAACGGCGAUGCCAGGAUGCACAGAGAGGUGAUGUAUGGCAGCAGAGAUGGCCAGCACCCCCCAAUGCGACAGCUCUCCAUGGGCCCCCCUCCACACCACCCCAUGCAGGGCUCCCUGUCCCCACCCACGGCCCACUCCCUGCCCCCCUCGCCCUCCCGGAUCCCCUUUGGCCCGCGUCCGGGGUCCAUGCCCGGCACUGCCACCAUGCCACGGGAGCGCAUUUCCAACGCCACCCCUCCCACACGAUCUGUGUCCCCCUGCCCCAGCGCCAUCCUGGAGAGGCGGGACGUCAAGCCCGACGAGGACCUGAGUGCUAUGAGUCCCAGCCUAUUGAGGGGUGGAGAGGGGCUGUACGCUGACCCAUACUUGCUCCUCAACGAGGGGAGGAUGGGCCACGGCCUUGCCCAUGGAGGGCACCCUCCUGCUGGGGACAUUGUGGACCAUGGCAGCCUGGCUGGAUACCACCGCGUCUCCAUCCGCUCCACAGGCUCCUACAGCGGGCCCAGCCCCACCGAUGCCAUGGAACAACCGUCACUCUACCGCCAGAAGUCCAGGAAGUACGGAGACAGCCAGCUGCCUACACUGGGCUCCAAGACCCCACCCCCCUCACCCCACAGGAUGGCAGAGGUGAGGAUGAUUGACCUCCACGGGGCGCCACCCCCUCCCAGCGGCAUUCCCCAAGAGCGCUCCUCGCCCGUUCGACAGUCCUUCAGGAAGGAGGAAGUGGUGAAAAGCAGAAGCAACAUGGCGUCUCCAGUUGUCCCGGACCUCCAGGGUGGUCACGGCCCUAUCCCGCCAGCCAACGACCCCCAGACACGAGAGCGAAUGAAGGCUAUGGAGCAACAGAUUGCCAGCUUGACUGGUCUUGUUCAGCAUGCACUUUUAACGUCCCCAAACACUAGUGGCACCAACGAGGCUCUCAGCGAACGACCCAUGAAGACAUCAAGACAAGCGUCUCCGGUUCAGAGUGCACACAGUGCAGGAGGUUCCCCUAUCCUAGCACCCAAAAGUGCCGCACUCCCCUCUGAGAGUGGCUCCACCCCUGCACUACCAGGCUCUGCCCCCUUUCAGGCCAACCUGUUCCAGUUCAAGAAGAAUGUCUCGGACCUUCGGCUGCAGCUCCAUCAGAUGAGACAGCUGCAGCUCCAGAACCAGGAGGCUCUAUGUGUGCAGCUGAAGCGGGCUGAGCAGGAGAUCAGCAUAAAGUUGGCGGAGGCCAUGAAACAUCUGGAAGACCCAGUCCAGAGACAGAGAGCCCUGGUGGAGGAGGACAGACGCGAGUACCUGGGCUUGGAGGAGAGAGUACUCAACCAGCUAGAGGAACUGGAGCAUUACGUGGACACUCUGAAGAGGGAGACCAGCUCGGCAGGGGCUCACAGAGCUGUGACACUGAAGCAUGUGGAAGAGGGGGCUGUUAGCCUCAGGAGAGUGGGAGAAUCUCUGGCAGGACUCAGAGGAGAGUUCCCGCCACUGCAGACCAGGAUGCGUUCUGUCCUGAGGGUGGAGGUGGAGGCAGUUAAGUUCCUCAAAGAGGAGCCCCACAAACUGGACAGCAUGCUGAAGAGAGUCAAGUGCCUCACGGAGACACUCAGCAGCCUGAGGAGAUGUGCUACAACCCCAAUAGAGAGCAGCCCGGCCACCAGCACCAUGGUGGACCCAGACCCCCCAGCGGAGCCUCCAGCCUCCCUCUCGGCCCUGCCCGAGCCCCAGAUCUCCUCCAUCAGGUCUGAGGUGGUCAUGCCCUCCUGCCCUAUGGUCAUCCACCACGUCCAGAGCUCUCCGGUCCACAUUCAGCAGUCCCAGCAGUCUGCAGCCCUGCUGGUCCAGCCCAGUUCCCCCAUAACCCCCACCCAAAGCCAGGGCCGGGACUCCCCCAGCUCAGCCAAGGGCUCCACAGGCACCGCCUCGUCCUCCAACUCCAACCCCUCCAGCCAGGGGGGAAGCCCUGCCCAGCAGAAGAAGACCCCUGCUGUCACUGCUGCAGCCAACCAAGAACUGCCCACCCAGGCUUUGGUCAAUAACGGCAGCAAUGGGACAGGGAACUUCUUCAUCGAGGAGAUUCACACCAAGAGCAGCAAGAGCAACAACAGGGCCAUGUCUAUAAAGGCAGCAGAGAAAGAGUGGGAGGAACGGAGGCAGAACAUGGGCCACUAUGAUGGGAGGGAGUUUGAGAGGAUCCUGGAUGAGGCCCAGGCCAACAUGAUGAAGGGCGUCCCCUGCCGGGAGGUGCCGAGCGAGGGGGAGGCCUCUGCAGUUACCCCUGCUGCCCUGGAGGACCAAGUGGAUUCCCCCAAGCCUGUGGCACCAACCACGGAAGAGACUCCGCCUGAGCCCAGCUCAGAGAAACCAGCCAUAGCCAAGCCUGCUGGUCCUGAGAAACUCCCCAAGCCGGUACUAGAGAAGCCCACAGACAAAGUGGGCAAUGUCAGCUUGGAGGCCAGCAAGUCUCCUCCCCCUCCUCCGCCCAGAAAGACCUUCUCCAGCUCUGGAAUGACCACCACUCGGUCUGGAGAGGUGGUCUACACCAGCAGGAAUGAGUCUGCCUUGGGACAGGAGGAAGAGGAGGCUGAGGUCCCAGCUGCCCAGCGCAAACCCACCAAGAUCCCCCAGAGACCACGCCUUCCACCCCUGCCCCCGUUCCUGCCUCAGCCAUCCACAAGGAGGAGGAGGAGGAUGACGAGGGGGACAAAAUCAUGGCAGAGCUCCAGCUGCGGGAUCGUGGCACCAACAGUACAGAACUUGCUCAGGAAUUACAGCAGGCAGGUCUUCCAGAAGUGCACAGUUAAGGAUGUAGGGGUGAAAAGUAGUGUGCUAGAGACACACCCUACUCGAGUUGAGCCCCAGAUCAGAGAGCUAAGACCCGGGGCCUUAUUGCCCCUCAAAGAGAAAAAGCAGAGCUCUGAGAACACUCGUGAGGACAAAGAUCCCAACGCGGAUGAAAACGGGAACACCACCCCUCUUCGUCAGAGCCCUGGGGUGAUAUACUAUGUAACUGGGCAGAUCUCCAAAGAGCAACCACCACCCCUGGCCCCAUUGGAGGAGGCUCCUGAAUGCAGAGACAACCCAACACUGUCCCCCUCACAGGUGUCAAAUGUGAAUGCUAAUGACAAUUCUCCAAGCCAGCAGCCACAGCAGCCGCAACCGAAACCCCAGCAGUUAGGGCCACCUAUAUCUCCCAAGCCUCUGUUCUUGAAUUGCCCCAGCCCUCUGUCUCAGAAACAGGUGGUGAGCUCAGAGUCGUUGAAGACCAGCCCAGGAGUGGUAGAUGGGGUUCUGGAAAGCCCAAUGGCCAACACUGUAGAUAAGCCUCAGAUAAGCACAGUCAAGAGACUUGAGUCUCCAGUCUCCUCAGUCAUCCAGGAGUCCAGCAUUUCACUUAGAAAGAGUGUUGUGUUGCCUGCUGCAUUGCCUAAAGUUUCUCCACCAAUCACCAUAACAGAGGCUCCUAAGCCAGUGGCGUCGCCCACAGAGAAGGCCCUUAGUGAGGCCACCAAUCAACCCAGAGAUCAGCCCAGACCCAAGUAUGAGGAAGUGGAAGAGGAGGCCUUCCUGAGCCCUGACCUCCCUGGUGAGGAAGGCCCUCCGCCCCCAGACAACAUCGCCUUCAUGAUCACCAACACCAAGGUCCAGGCCCUGUCCUGUGGGGAAUACCAGGAUCUGGUCAAUGCCAAACGGGGAAUCCAGACUGUGACUGUGGGGGGGGGGCCUGGGAACCGGGACAUGACCCACACUACCCCGGGUGGCGACGGCGGCAGCUCGGUGGGGUCACAGGACGACAGCUUCAACAACAAGAAGCCGGUCAUCAUCAUCUUUGACGAGCCCAUGGACAUCCGCUCGGCCUACAAGCGCCUGUCUACGGUGUUUGAGUGUGAGGAGGAGCUGGAGAGCAUGCUGGCUGCGGAGCGCAUAGAUGAGGAGGACGAGGAGUUGGAGGAGACAUGGGGGAGCAGCGGUGGACUGCAGGUAAAGGUCGGGCCCGAGGGGGGAGAGAGGGCGGCUGGUCCCACGGCCAUCAAGGCCCCCAGCGGCGCUCUUUGCUCUUCCAGUACUGACUUGUCGCACUCUUCCUCCUCGUCUGCGGAGCUCGCCGAGUCGUCCAGCAACGGCAAGCCAGACGGGAAGAAGAAGUUCAAGUUCAAGUUUCCCAAGAAGCAGCUGGCCGCUCUGUCGCAAGCCAUCCGCACAGGCACCAAGACUGGCAAGAAGACGCUGCAGGUGGUGGUGUACGAGGACGAGGAGGAGUCGGACGGCACGGUCCGACAGCACAAGGAGGCCAAGAGGUUUGAGAUCCAAAGCCGCUCCAAACAAUCUGUUCUUCCAGCAGACAUGUCACCCAAGGCCCAGGCUCCAGCUGUAGUAAGGCGGGAGCAUUCAGAUUCCCAAGGCAGGACGGACGAGAUCCGGAAGAGCACCUACAAGACCCUGGACAGCCUGGAGCAGACCAUCAAGCAGCUAGAGACCACCAUCAGUGAGAUGGGCCCCACAAGGCCCCACCAGGAGGAACCAGCGAGGAGUGCAGCCAGCGUGGAGCCCCAGGCUGGGUGUGUCUCAAGUGGGGAGAGUGAAGGCCUGAAGAGGUCCUUAUCACUCCCUUCUAAGAGUUCACUCCCCAAGGUCCCCCAGCCCAAUAAGGCCUCCUCUCUGAGGAAGAAGACCAAACCUCAGCUCCUCCCCAGGCCAGCCACCCUACCCAUCGCCACCAUCACCCCCAGCCAACAGAACGCAACCAGUGUCGCUUCCCCAUCUAGUCGGAUGCCAGUGCCCAUGUCUGCGAAGUCCAGGCAGUCGCCAGGGACUACUACUGACAAAGCAGGAAAACAGCAAAAGCUACAGGACAGCGCUCAGAGGCAGUUCCGACAGGCUAACGGAAGCGCUAAAAGAGCAGGGGAGGGUCAUAAAACUACUUCCCCUACUAUACCUGCCUCUAAAAUUCCUGCUUUUUAUCCUAGCUCUGCUAAAGGCAGCUCCUCCCAGUCUGCUCCAAACUCAGAUGCUACUAACCCUAUUACCCUUUUCCCCUCUUCCAACUCCUCCUCUUCCUCCCCCCACACCACCAAGUCCUCCAUCCCGUCCCCUCACGCCCCCCGCCACCCUGGCUCAGCCCUUCCCACCUCUUCCCACAUCCCCUCCCUCUCUAACGGUUCCUCCCUCAAACUCCCCAAGCCCUCUCACACAGGUAAAGCUCUCUCGUUCUCCUCGCAGACUCAAAACGGCCGAGCACCCUCCUCUUCCUUCUCCUCCUCCUCCCCCUCCCCUCUGUCGCCCACCCCGUUGGGCCCCGGUGUGAAGAGCAUCCGCACCAUACACACCCCCAGCUUCACCAGCUACAGGCCCCAGAAUGGCAGCAGCGGCAAAUCCUGCAUCCCAACCACCACAGCAGCCAAGGACUCCACUUAAUACAGUAGCCCUGUUUGGGUUACUACUCUCUCUAUCUCUCUCUCUCCCCCUCUUAGGAGCUAGAUUUAUUCUGUUGUUUAUUGGUUUGUAUUUUGUUGUAAAAAGGGUAAUGGAUGCACUUCCCCAACCAUUCAUAUUUCAAUUUGAUUUGUCACUGGCAUUCUCACACUGAUGCUUUGACUUCGUUUUAAGUUGCAUUUUCCUUUGGCUGAUGCUUUAAACUUGAAUCCUGGAUUUUAAAAAGGUUUAUUAGAGUACUGAGGAAAUUAUUUUAAAGAUAAAAACAUUUUAAAAAAGAUUUUUCUGACUAUCUAAGAAAAUACAGUUGAUGUUACAAUCACUAUUACCGUGUAAAAAAAAAAAAAAAAAAGUUUUAUUUUUGAAAACUAGAGACUGGAUAACCAUAGUAUAUCUUCAUCUUACACUAUUUCUUGUGUUCUCAUUCAGUAUAGCCCUUGUAAAUGCCUUUUAUGAAUGUAUACUGUAAGUAUACAGAUGUUUAAAGUGGAAUUGCGUUGACCUGACUUCUAUUUUGCUAAGACUAUUUUCUCAUAUAGUUAUCCAUGCACUGCCAAUGUAUUUUUUUAGGAGAUUUAUGAGAUUUAUCAGUUAUUUCUGUAGUUAUUGUGCCUACUUGCCAAAGUUAUGUCAUUUCCUGACUGCUUUACUGUAAUCAUGACAUACCAAGUGGAAACUCAACACAUACACUCAAGGUGUGAUUGAUGGCUGACGUCUUUACCUUCAAUAGCUUGACUGGAGGUCUAUGUUUCCUACGUUGAUGUUUAUCGAUGUCUAAAUGUAUACAGUACUAAAAACAAAAGAAAUUCUCAAAAUGCUCUCGCAAGUGUACAUAAAUGCUUCUAAUAAGAACCUUUAGUAGUUUUGUUAACAUACCAAAGUUUAUUUGUAUGCAUGCCUUUUAAGAUACUUUAGGAGAGUGAUUCAUGUUAAAAGAAGAAUUAUGUUUGCACAGAUAGAUUUUGUAAAUAUUUGGUUUGCUCUCAUUUUUGUAAAGCUUUAAACCAUACUGCAUAAAAGGUAAAGAAUUGUGUUGGACUAAAAACAAUAAAGGUCUGCAUGCUUGUAAUGCAUUUAAGUUCA